AUGUCUCACAACAGCGGUGUCUUCCCCGGCUUCCCCAGCCCUUCUCCCAUCACCUACACCACCACCACCACCACCACCAACAACAACACCUCCAGUUACGGGAACGCCCCCGGUCUACAGCUGUAUGACAUUAGCUGUGUCUUCCCCGCCUCCUCUACUCCGUCUACCAUCAACUACACCUCCAUCACCAAUGACGACGGCAACGUCCUCGGUCUCCAGCUUUCUGCCCUGACCCCCUUUCCCGCCAGCAGUGGCGACAAGCCCAAGCCCAAGGCGAGGUCUUCCACUCAUGUCACCAACACCAACAACAUCAAAGCGAGGGGCAAGGAGAAGAAGAAGCAUGCCGAGGGCUACAAGCGUAAGAGCAUGUCUUGUGAGCACUGCAGACAGCGACGAAAGCAGGUAAGCAUUCUGGUCUCCAUAUCACCGUCAGAGAGUGAUUCGACUUUGCAGUGCGAUGGAGACAAUUUCAACGCCUGCACCCUCUGUACCUACAAUGGCAUCGAGUGCAAAUACAACGUCGCCAAGGGCAAGCGAGGCUCCCAGAAGGCCUUGAAGAAGCUCGCCGCUAUGGGUCGUGCUCCCUCCGCCGACGGCAUCAUCAUCGCUACUCCCUCAACCCUGUCUCUUGCCUCGUCUUCCAGCACGUCCUCUAUGAGCCCUAUCACCCCGAUCACCCCGGCCAAGUCCACCGUAGAGCUCAGCUCUGGUCACUCUCCUGCCAGCGUCUCUGCCGGCCACACUUCUGGCUUCCCCAACCCCCAGACUUUUAUGCCAUUCGUCCCAACUACCCAGGUCCAGCCUCCUGUCAGCCAGCUCUCUUCUGCUGUCGACUCCAACGGCCUGUUGGCAGGCUGGCAGAUUGCCCAACUGCAACAGGCGCUGCUUGACAGGGUCGAUCGAUGCUUCUCAAACUCUGCUGCUGCCACUGCUGCCAGCGAGUUUGAUCCAUACGAGCCUCCUACUCCCCGCACCACCCCCGUCAAGCCUACCUACGUCCGUCCUACAGACGUCUCCCCCAUCCAGGCUCCCACCUUUUCACUUCUCAACGCCUCGGUGCCGUCUACCCUGCCUGCCAUGGACGUCACUCGACCUCAGCCCCAGCUGCCUGCUUUUGACCCCCAAACUCUCUCUGAGAGUGAGAGGCUUGAAAUGGAAAAGCUCGCCAUGAACGUAGUGUUUGAUAAAGGGUCUUUCUCCGCAGCUCCCGAGGCACCCUGCGAGGCAGCUCCUGUUGCUUCCCUCGCCACUCCAGACACUACCCCAUUGAAGCCUACCGUCGAGAUGUCUGCCGUCAGCAUCAACUUGUCCUACGCCGACUUCUCGGAGCCCCAACCCACCCCUUGGCUCAGCGCACCUCAGAUUCAGGUUGAGGACGAGGCUGUCCCAGAGGAUGAGGAGGAUGUUGACUGGGGGAUGUAUGUCAAUAUGGAGGAGAUGGAGGAGGUAGACGAUGGCGGUUCUUGGGGAGCCCUCGAGUCUCCGUUCAACAACACACCCUUCGGCGACUCUUUCACCCCGAUUGCGGAUGAGGCUGCCGACAACGGUAUGCGGGGACUGUGGAACUGGGAGUAA